GUUGAUUAUAGCUGAGUGUAGUCUUUAAAAAGUGCAUGUUGAAGUAUCAUGAAAGACCAUUCUUUUGGAACAGCAGAACUUCCAAAGCACACAGCAAAUUUCUCUUCGAUCAUACCAACAUGAUUACAGGAUCCUGAAUUAGAUGUACCUGAGUUGUGAAGUAAGACCAAUAUCGCAUAGUAACAGAUGUUUCCAGCCUCAUGCUCAUUAUGGAUGUAAAAGUUAGCAUUAGGGCGUUCGUUUGCUCUUGUUUAGGAAAUACUGAAGCAGACAACUUGAUGUGUCAUAAAUUGGAAUUAUCAAUUUUGCUACAAUGAGCUUUCCUAUUGACGCUGAGAAUUUGAUUGAAGAGUUAGAGGAGGACGCAUGUGAAACAGAUGAGGCUCAAAAUUAUGGAGUCAUUGAAGAAAUCUCAACUGUGGAAACUCUUACUUUUGAGGACAAAGCAGCGCCUGCCUCCGAAUCUGAAUCCAACGCUAAACUUGAGACCAAAAUUGUAGAUAAACCAAUCACUCCUGAACUUAACUCCACCUCAGAAGAAGCGGUAGCUCCCAGCACCGAAGUAGAGGAGCAAAUAUCUAACAUCCCUGACCACAAAGAAGAAGAGGAGCAGAUACCAAAUCCUGGCGCAAACACCUCGACUGACAAUGAAGAAAAAUCAGAGUGUCAGGAGGACACUGAGAAGAUGGUGGACACAUCGGAAACUAUGUCUGCUCCUAGUUCACCACCUGUUCCAGAAAUUGUACCAAACUCCGAAACUCAUGUGAGCAACGUUACUAGAGAUGAUGAUUGUAGCAUAGUCUCAACAAGCUCCACAGUUCAAAAUCAAGAGUUAGAAGCCCUUCACACUGUAUUAAUCAAGGAGGAGGAAGAAGAAGAUGAUGCUUCACAUGUUGUGGAUUCAGCAAUGACCUUCAAUGUUUAUCCAGAAUUUGAAGAAAACUUGGACCCUAAAUUUAAGCCAACAAUUCGUCUGGAAAAAAUUGAAAUGCCUAGUGGCACAAUCAAGGUGGCAACUGAUGCUCAAGAAUCAGGUGAUGAAGAUUCAACCGCACCUCGACCUAAGCGGUCAUUAAAAACACCCUCCCGCCUAGCCAGUGGAGGUUUUAUAUUAGACCCUAAAGCACCAAAUGCAAAGACAUUACAAAAAACGCCAGCAGGUAAGGUGGUCAAAAACUUUAUACCCAUUCGUCCAAAACCCGCUAACCCUAAUGACAAGGGUACAACAGUAACCUUGAUCAAGUCAGGACAAACUCCAGUUGCCAAGAAAGGUGUGCCAAGUGAAACAGCGAAAGAAAUUGUUCGUAAACUGAAUGCUGAUUCAGUUCCCUCAAUUUUGAAAAGAAAAUUGCAAAAGCAAAGCGAUGAAGGUGACUCAACAUCAAGCAAUACAAGCAGCUCAACUCCUGCUAAGAAAGCAAAGGUUGUGCCCCCCAAAAAACCAACCAGGAAACAUCGGAAGGUCUUUGACUAUGAAUCCUACUUAAGAGAUCAUUUGGAGGCAGAGGUGAAAGACAAGAGACCAAAGAGCAACCGUUCAGAAACUCUUACGCGGUCUUCACUAGUUGGAAUCAACGUCGCCCCAUCAAAAAUUAAAGUUGUUCCCUUUAACCUUCAAGCAAAGUCCACACUUUUAAGGAAGAGCAAUGAAAAUGAUACAAACAAUGUUGUUCGACCUGGAGAAAGAACAUUGUAUGACUUGAUGCAGGAUGUGUCUCGCUUACUGCCAAGCUGGAAUUUGCAUGUCUUACCAGAUUCCAACUCUUUUUGCAUAGCACAAGUUUGCCGCGGAAGGUCUGGAAUCCCAACAUUGAAAACCAGCAUCGAAUUGGAUGAGGAAUUUAAUGCCAAAGUGUUCAUCCACCAGUUGCAUUGUAAACGCUAUGAUGGCAUAUAUGAUAGCGAAGAAAGUAUAUGUGCACUAAUUCAAGAGAUAGACACCCUAUCAAAGUGAAAGGUUAUUGUAAAAUGUUUUCAUAUUUACAUAAUUAUUUUUUCCCCCUCUGCUUCUUACCUUAUUUUUUCUUUAUCUAAAAGCUUUUUUGUGCCCACGAGAUAAAUUUUUUCAAUUCAAAUUUUUUUAACAUCCUGAUGGAGGGUACCAUAAUUUGUUUUCAAGUGAGAUCAGACAAAAAUACUGUACAGAAAUUUUAAAAUUUCUCACCGAUAGGUUAAAGUAUCUAAUUGUUCAUACAUUUUAAUUAAAAAGGUAAGGACAGUUAACGACCCAAAUUUUACAAACUGUUUAUUUUAAGAAUUUGAUUGUCUUUUGUAUCCUCAGAAUUCCAAGACAUUCUCAGCAUGGUGAUAGUUUGUAUUUACCAACACACCUUCAUGUUACCUACUACCUUCAGCUUUUUUCUACAUAAGUAGAGGUUAAAUUUAAUUCAAGUAUUAAUUACGAUAAGUAUCAAUAAUCAACAACAAUUUUUGUUUUCAGCCAAAAAAAAGUUGUAUAUUUUAAUAUAACAUCGACUAGUUCUCAAAAAGUAUGGAAAUAUGGUAUGUGUGUUAAUGAAAUCUUUUAAGAAAAUCAUUAAGAACGCUGAGUGUUUUCAUGAACAUUCUUCUUGUGUCAGUUAAAAAAUAUGUCUCUUUAGAAAGGUGUGCAAAAAUUGCUUUUCAUGUUCCUAACAAAAUAACUAACUUCUCUCUCUUUUUGAAAUCAAUAGUCUUAAUUUUUAGAUGUUUCAAAAAAAAUUGAACGGAUUUUGAUCAGUCAAUUCCAUUAAUUGGUUCUCCCACUAGAAUAAAAAAUAUUGACAAAAAUUUUAAAAUGUUGCAAUGUGUGGAAUUGGUAUCUUUUGUUUCUGUGACCUUUAGCCAAAGGUAACAUAUGAUUGAUGGUUUUUAUUUGUGAGUGUAAUUAUAGGUCCGUUUCAAUCUUAGAGUAGCGCAAACAAUUCGCUCUUUACCUUUUACUCUGCUUGCCAAAUUUGCGCAUUUCUAAGUCUCUUGCUUUAAAAAGUAUAAAUAAGAGAAGACCUGAUUUGAUAUCAAUGAAACACCUCGAUUUCAUGAUUCUGUGCUAAACUCAAAAAGACCCCUGUCAUGUACAGUUCCUCAAA